AUGCGAGUGGGACCUCCAAUUUAUCAUCUCUCUUCUAUUUCAAACCACGACUCUUUCUCGCACACGUUAGGCGGUAGUGCUGACCCUAAAGAAUUUGAUGAUCUUGUCGUCAGUGGCCACAGUGAGGCCCCCAUCCUACCUUUUUCUAGCCUGGCGCAGCUCGCAGUUAGCUUCAGUGACCAGGUGCCAGCAGAAGCUAUCAAUCGUGGGGACGAGUUCGUGCAGAGCAAGAAAGGAGCUGGUAGUGCCACGACCUGCAUGGCAAAUGCUGAUUUCCGUUCUGUCAAGGCCAUUGUCGCCGGCAUGAACGGAAAGCACGUGGUAGAGGAAGCAAUUGUCUAUCCCCUCGGUGUUGUCGGAGGCAGCGAGAUAGCGAGAAAACUGGACGUUGACUACAUUGCGGUCAAAAUUGCUCUGGGAAUGACGGGUGCCACAGAGGCCCUUCCAAUUGAGAAUAUUACUGAGAAUCAGAUGAAGCUUCUCCAAGUUGCCAUCCGGGGAAUAAAGAUCAACAUUGAGACUGGGGUCUCUUUCAUGUCUCAGUAG